UGUUGGAAGAAAUCGAUCAACAGCUGAAUACUUUCCAGAUACCUUCACCGAAGAAGAAAUCGAUAAAUAAGCCGUCUCGCCUGGUAAACUGUUUCAUGGUCAUCAUUUUCCAAUUUCCUAGAAGCAUAACCUCCAAGACUCUGACUCGAAACGCAAACAAUUUUCCCAGCCUGCAUUUUUGGCAAUCAAUUAAACAUGGAUAAAGAGGCCAAAUCUUUGAUUCUUAAUGGGUGCAAGUUGGCCAGAGACCUCGAAUCGCGACUACAAACCCUCAUGGACCAACCUGACGACACUAUUGCCAGCACUUGUGAAGCAAUAGCGAGAGUCUUUCACGGAGCCAGGAAGAGGCUCAUCGUCGCAAGUAGCUCCUCUGGUGAAGGGAAGGUGAACUGUGCUCAAAUUCAGACAUCGGGAUGUCUAGAGACCAGAUCAAAUAACAUGGUGGGGUCUGCUGAAACUGAAAUCGCGGGCAGAAUCAACCCUGGGGGUUCUGCAACGAUUCUUCACAGGGUUGAAGGAGGGGGAAAUGUUCGGACUAUGCCAGUGGCUGUAUCGCCAGAUUCCGGCCGAGGUUCCGCUUCCUCAUCACAUGGCACAUCGAGAAGGAGGGAUAGGCCACAUCGGUCUAGCAUUAGAGUGCCAGUUCCUGAAAUUGGGAACCCCGAUCUCCCACCAGACGACGGGCAUACUUGGAGAAAAUAUGGUCAGAAAAAGAUCCUCCACUCCGAAUACCCCAGGGGAUACUAUAGGUGCACUCACCGGAAAUUAUACGAUUGUCCUGCAAAGAGGAUGGUACAGCGGCUUGAUGCUGAUCCCUCGACCUUUGAGGUGACGUACAUCGAUCACCACACUUGUCACUUGUCAUCCACAGCUCCAUCCUUGGUCCCCGUACCUCCACCCAGCAGCCUGCCACCAGCCGAUCACAUGGAUGAUGUUGAUCAUUUGAUGAUGACUACCGUGACACCACUCUCCAUGGGAUUGAGGACCCAAGGAGGCAUCGCCUGCAGUGGAGGCGGAAUACAAGGCACGGCGUCUGGAGAUCGGGAAGCUGAGUAUGCUGUGUCCCAAAUGGCUGACGAGAUGUUCAAUAGCCGCUGCACAGGGAGUACCAGUAGCAAUAUCAUGGACUUGAUCUUCCUAGCCGAAGCUGAGGAAGAUAGGCGUGCUGCAUCGGUGGGCAAAUCACAGUAACCUAAUCAUCAGGUAGAGUGGGAAGGAUUAUUCAAGCCUGAAUUUGUCCAAUAAUGCAUUUGUGAUUUUUUUUUGUCUACGAAUUCUCAUGAAUAAGCCAUUCCUUUCAGACUUUCAACGGAUUAGAUCUUUGAUGUAUGUUGACAAGCAAUGUCCUAUAUAAUUAGAACUCCAUACUCCAAUAAUAGUAAGGAGAGCAUUUUUUUUCCCUUUGUCUUCCUUUUCCCUUGUAUUUUGUAUUUUUCGAGCCAUUUUAAAAACAGAUGUAUUUGUUAUUGAGAAGAAAUAUGUUC